UUUCCAGUUGGUUUAGGUAGAAGUGUGGUGGGCAGAAUAUCGCGCCAGCUUUGUUUCUCUCCCUUUCUCCUUCAUCCCACGUGCUUUUCCACAACCAUUCUUCUUUCUUUCAUUUCAGCUCAACUGAAGUCCCUCUCCCCGUGUCCCCGUCUCGCUUCAAUUCACUUCUCUCAUCAUUUUUCUCGCCCCCAACCUUCAAAUUUUGACUUUUCUCCAUCCAUUGUUGUUGAUCCAUGGCGGUUUUGCGCGGCGCAGCCACGAGAUGCCGGUGGCGGAUCGUCAAUUCCGUGCGGGGAUUUUGUCUAAACCCCUCUUCUGAGACCGACUUGAAAUUGUCAACGGUUGUUCGGCCCGAAGAGCCGCCCAAGGGUAGAAAUGUCCAGUGGGUGUUUCUGGGCUGCCCCGGCGUCGGCAAGGGCACAUAUGCGGCUCGCCUCUCUAGUCUUCUCGGCGUCCCCCAUAUCGCCACCGGUGAUCUCGUCCGUCACGAGCUCUCCGCACGUGGCCCUCUCUCCUCUCAGCUUGCAGAGAUUGUUAACCAAGGGAGACUAAUUUCAGAUGAAAUUAUAAUAGAUCUAUUGUCCAAACGACUUGAGACUGGUGAAUCUAAGGGUGAAUCAGGUUUCAUUCUUGAUGGAUUUCCCCGAACUAUAAGACAGGCGGAAAUCUUAGAGGGCGUCACAGAUAUCGACUUGGUUAUCAACCUGAAACUUCGGGAAGAGGCAUUAAUCGCAAAAUGCCUUGGGAGAAGGAUGUGCAGCGAGUGUGGAGGAAACUACAAUGUUGCAUGCAUUGAUAUCAAGGAUCAACAGGGAAACCCCGGAAUGUACAUGCCUCCGCUUCUUCCUCCUCCCCAAUGUGAAUCAAAACUGAUAAUUCGGUCUGACGACACGGAAGAAGUUGUGAAGGAGCGCCUUCGCAUCUACAACGAACUGAGCCGACCAGUUGAGGACUUUUACAGGCAUCGUGGCAAACUGUUGGAGUUUGACCUUCCUGGGGGAAUACCCGAGUCAUGGCCAAAGUUACUCCGAGCUCUAAACCUUGAUGAUCACGAAGACAAGGAGUCAGCAGCUGCUUGAGUUUUGGCAUGUCCGCGUUGUAGGAUAUUAGUCUGCUUCUCUUUGCAGCUCCUCGCGCAUUCUUUGCAUGUUCUGUGGACGUGCGGAUUAAUUUUCGGAAGGAAAAUAAAUAUGAUUUCCUUGCUGUUGAUGUUGUACUAGUAUCUGAGAAUUGGCAGUAUGGUCUCUAUCAAUUAUUUUUUCAGUCAUUCAUCUUA